AUUUAAGAGAGGAAAUUGAGAGAAGUGCGCUGCUUUGUAAAACUCACAGAUCGUAUGUUGACGAUUUUAACUCGUGCUACUUCUUCCUAUCAUCUGGAUUUGAAUUGGUUUUAUUUUAUUGUUUCUUCCACUUUCUACUGGCUCUAUUUCUUUGUGUAAAUCUAAUCUAUUUUUUUGAACGGGAGCGCAAAGCAUCGGACAGAACAAUGGAACGGCAAGUACUGUUUUCCAUCUUGCUUUGCUGCGUCUGUUCAGCUCUAGGUCAGAUCAGCUACUCUGUUCCUGAAGAAAUGCCGAAGGGAUCUGUGGUGGGAAACAUCGCAAUUGAUUUGGGUUUGGAUGUGAWAAGAUUACAAUCGGGUAAAGCUCGCAUCUUCACGGGCGAAAGUGCAGAAUACGUCGAGCUGAGCAGAGAAAGAGGAGUCCUUCUGGUGAAAGAAAAGAUCGACAGAGAGUUGCUCUGCAGACAGACGACGCCUUGUGCUUUGCAUUUGCAGAUCAUUUUAGAAAAACCCAUGGAGCUUUUUCGGAUAACUGUCGAGAUUACCGACAUCAACGACAACAGUCCCAGCUUUAAACAUGGCGAGAAGCGUUUUGAAAUCAGCGAAUCUGCGGUUACGGGCUCUAAAUUUGUCUUAGAGAAAGCCGUUGAUUUAGACAUCGGCAGAAACGGUAUAAAAAAUUACAGCUUAAAACCUACAGAUAAUUUYGUGUUGAAGGUAGAAAAUGAGGCAGAUGGAAAUAAAAAGGUCGAGAUGAUUUUGCAUAAACCUUUAGACAGAGAGAAAGAGGAAGAGAUUUCAUUAUUGCUAAAAGCUGUAGAUGGGGGAGAACCCCAAAUGUCUGGUACAGUGAAAAUUUUUGUGACUGUUCUCGAUGUAAAUGACAAUCCUCCUGUUUUUACACAGUCGGUUUACAAAGCAACCAUAGCAGAAAAUUCUCAGAAAGGAACCACACUGACAACAGUGAGUGCUUCUGAUGCAGAUAAGGGAAUCAACGGGAAAAUUUYGUAUGCGUUAUCGUCUUCUAUUGAUAGUUUGUCUGAUAUUUUUCAAAUAAAAGAAAAUGGUGAAGUCAUUUUAGUGGGGGAGAUUGACUUUGAAAGAGCGAAAAAUUACCAAAUUGAUAUUGUAGCUACAGACAGUGGUGGUCUUUCUGACUCGAGUAAAAUUAUAGUUGAUGUGAUUGACGUAAAUGACAAUGAMCCUGUUAUAAGUAUCAUGUCAAAAUCUGACUCURUUCUGGAAGACUCUCCCUAUAAUACAGUUAUAGUAAUGUUUAGCGUYACUGACCCAGAUUCAAGUAACAACGGUCGUGUAAAUUGCAGAAUAAAYGAAAAUAUACCAUUUGCUAUUAAAACUUCAUCAAAUGACUUUUAUACCCUUGUAACGGAUAGUGAAUUGGACAGAGAGAGYGCCUCUGAGUUYAACAUCACAGUGACCUGUUCUGAUGAAGGWGUGCCCUCCCUCUCCAGCAGCGUCACWCUCACCUUACAGAUCUCUGAUGUGAAUGACAACGCACCUGUCUUUGACAGAAGCGCUUAUGAGGCCUACAUUGUAGAAAACAACACACCAGGUGUGUCUAUAGAUASAGUGAAAGCUACAGACGCUGAUUGGAAUCAAAAUUCUCGUGUUUCUUACAUUCUGGAGGACUCUUCUGUUAACGGAGUGUCAGUCUCCUCAUAUGUAUCUGUUAGUGCUGAUAGCGGAGUUAUCCAUGCAGUUCGCGCUUUUGACUAUGAUGAUCAUUAG